AUGACGCCGACACCGACGCCACCGGGCCCACGGCUGUCCCACGACAUGGACACUAACGCACCGCCUGCACCAACCCCACAGACCGCACUAUCUGCAACCGAGAAGAGCUCGCAGAUGCCCUGGGAAAUAUGCACAAGCACAGAGCUAAGGCCCGCUACCGUCGUGAUGGUCAACGGACCUUUCCGGGUCGUGAAGGUGGUCUCCGACUACCUGAUGGAAGUCCAGCAGCUGGUGCCUCCGGGAGCGACGUCCCUGCACCAUGCGUGCCGGCUCCGCCUGUACUGUGAAGGCGGACGUGAAGUCAAUGAAGAUUUGCAGGCCCAAAUCGCGUUCGGCGAUGAAGGUUUUUACGUGGAAGACAUCCGGGACCUGCGUCUGCGAGAUGGGGUCUGGGAAGUCCUGAUCAAGUGGCUUGGCCUGGAUGAUCUGGAGUCGUCCUGGGAGCCGGCCCUAUCGAUCUAUGAUGACGUUCCCGUGCUAUUCCGUCGCUGGGCCAAGGCCCGGAGCAACGAAGACGGCGUGAGCGAAAUGAUUGACGAUCUCACGACUGCAUGUGGCCACCCAAUGUAG